UCCCCAGUCCCUCAGCCUUGCCAAAUACAAGCACAUAGCCUUGUCUGUCGAUCGCGCCAGCUCACAACCCGCGUCUCCCAUCCUCGCCAACACCAAAACAACAAUCAAUAGAGCGCCCAACUCCACACACCGAACAAGAUGCCCCCAGCAGACUCCCCGUUCGUAGAGAAGCGCAACGCCGCCCGCGAAGUUGUCGAUAUCCUUGAUGAGAUUGCGACGCUCCUCAACACGAAUCUUGACCGGCACACGUUGAGUCUUUGUGUCAGUAUGGUGGAGAAUGGGGUUAAUCCCGAGGCUUUGGCUACUGUUAUCAAGGAGCUGAGACGGGAGGCUGAGGAGGGGAAGAGAGAGUUUGACCAGGCGCAGAGGUAGGGCUGGGGAUGGGGCUGCGGGCUUUGAGCUUUAUACGAGGCCUACGGAGGCUGUUGGGAGGAGUGUGGGUGACUGGGAUGAUUACCAUGCAUACACAGGCGUUUUUAUGGGCUACCAAGCUUGAAGUGGAUGGAUAGAUGACGGCUAUGACAGAUGAUACUCUCUCCUAGACUGGGAAUCAAGUUUCAUGCGUGUAG